GUGCCUGCCUUUCUCUGAACCAGGUGGUACGUGUGCCAGAAGAGGAGCUAUGUUUGAGGAGCAGCCUACUCCACCCCUCUCCGGUCCCUGAACACCACCCCACGCUGGCAUUUUGGGGAAAAUAUUCCCUCUAGAAGCCCUACCCCCUUCUUCUUCUUCUUUUUUUUUCCCUUGAGGAAUGGAGCUUCGCAGAGGUUGCCUUUAGAUUCAACAGUUCAGAGCAGGGCUGAAGAGCCUGCAGGGGUCCCCAGAGGCGGUGGUCCCUGCGCCCGUGUGGAUAAGGCUCGGAGCCUGCCUGUGUCUUUUCUGCCUCUUGUGUGCGGGUGUUCGGCGAUCACCUUUGUGUGUCUUCUGUCUGUUUAAACUUCAGGAUGGCUCGCUUCGGGGAGGCGGUGGUCGUUGGCAGGCCAGGCUCAGGCGAUGGAGACUCGGACCAGAGCAGGAACCGACAAGGAACCCCGGUACCGGCCUCGGGGCCGGCAGCCGCCUACAAGCAGUCAAAAGCGCAGAGGGCGCGGACUAUGGCUUUGUACAACCCCAUACCAGUCCGGCAGAACUGUUUCACCGUCAACAGAUCCCUGUUCAUCUUCGGAGAAGAUAACAUUGUCAGGAAAUACGCCAAGAAGCUCAUCGAUUGGCCGCCGUUUGAGUACAUGAUCCUGGCCACCAUCAUUGCCAACUGCAUCGUCUUGGCCCUGGAGCAGCAUCUUCCUGAGGAUGACAAGACCCCAAUGUCUCGCAGACUGGAGAAGACAGAACCAUAUUUCAUUGGAAUCUUCUGCUUUGAAGCUGGGAUCAAAAUUGUGGCUCUAGGGUUUAUCUUCCAUAAGGGUUCAUACCUCCGUAAUGGCUGGAAUGUCAUGGACUUCAUUGUAGUCCUCAGUGGCAUCCUGGCCACUGCGGGAACCCACUUCAACACCCACGUGGACCUGCGAACCCUCCGGGCUGUGCGUGUCCUGAGGCCCUUAAAGCUUGUAUCAGGAAUACCUAGCCUGCAGAUUGUGCUGAAGUCCAUCAUGAAGGCCAUGGUGCCUCUUCUGCAGAUUGGCCUUCUGCUCUUCUUUGCCAUCCUUAUGUUUGCCAUCAUUGGCUUGGAGUUCUACAGUGGCAAGUUGCAUCGAGCAUGCUUCAUGAACAAUUCAGGUAUUCUAGAAGGAUUUGAUCCUCCUCACCCAUGUGGUGUGCAGGGCUGCCCCGCUGGUUAUGAGUGUAAGGACUGGAUUGGACCCAAUGAUGGAAUCACCCAGUUUGACAACAUUCUUUUUGCUGUGCUGACUGUCUUCCAAUGCAUCACUAUGGAAGGGUGGACCACUGUGCUGUACAAUACCAAUGAUGCCUUAGGAGCCACCUGGAACUGGCUGUACUUUAUCCCCCUCAUCAUCAUCGGAUCCUUCUUUGUUCUCAACCUCGUCCUGGGAGUGCUUUCCGGGGAAUUUGCCAAAGAAAGAGAGAGAGUAGAGAACCGAAGAGCAUUCAUGAAGCUCCGGCGCCAGCAACAGAUUGAGCGUGAGCUGAACGGCUACCGCGCCUGGAUAGACAAAGCAGAGGAAGUCAUGCUUGCUGAAGAAAAUAAAAACUCGGGAACAUCAGCCUUGGAAGUGCUUCGAAGGGCAACCAUCAAAAGGAGCCGGACGGAGGCCAUGACCCGAGACUCCAGCGAUGAGCACUGCGUUGAUAUCUCUUCAGUGGGCACACCUCUUGCCAGAGCCAGUAUCAAGAGCACAAAAGUGGAUGGAGCCUCCUAUUUCCGGCACAAGGAAAGGCUUCUGCGUAUCUCUAUCCGCCACAUGGUCAAGUCCCAAGUGUUUUACUGGAUCGUCCUGAGUGUUGUGGCUCUUAAUACUGCCUGUGUGGCCAUCGUUCAUCACAACCAGCCACAGUGGCUCACUCACCUCCUCUACUAUGCAGAAUUUUUGUUUCUGGGACUCUUCUUGUUGGAGAUGUCCCUGAAGAUGUAUGGCAUGGGGCCACGCCUUUAUUUUCACUCGUCCUUCAACUGCUUUGAUUUUGGGGUCACAGUGGGCAGCAUCUUUGAGGUUGUCUGGGCAAUCUUCAGACCUGGCACAUCUUUUGGAAUCAGUGUCUUACGAGCUCUCCGGCUCCUAAGGAUAUUUAAAAUAACCAAGUAUUGGGCAUCCCUCCGGAAUCUGGUUGUCUCUUUGAUGAGCUCCAUGAAGUCUAUCAUCAGCUUACUCUUCCUCCUCUUCCUCUUCAUCGUUGUCUUUGCUCUCCUGGGAAUGCAGCUCUUUGGAGGCAGGUUUAACUUUAAUGAUGGGACUCCUUCGGCUAAUUUUGACACCUUCCCUGCAGCUAUCAUGACAGUGUUCCAGAUCCUGACAGGAGAAGACUGGAAUGAGGUGAUGUACAACGGCAUCCGCUCCCAGGGUGGGGUCAGCUCAGGCAUGUGGUCUGCCAUCUACUUCAUUGUGCUCACCUUGUUUGGAAACUACACGCUGCUCAAUGUAUUCUUGGCCAUUGCUGUGGACAAUCUGGCCAAUGCCCAGGAGCUGACCAAGGAUGAGCAGGAGGAAGAAGAAGCCUUCAACCAGAAACAUGCACUGCAGAAGGCCAAGGAGGUCAGCCCGAUGUCUGCUCCCAACAUGCCUUCCAUUGAAAGAGACAGAAGGAGAAGACACCACAUGUCGAUGUGGGAGCCGCGCAGCAGCCACCUGAGGGAACGGAGACGCCGGCACCACAUGUCUGUGUGGGAACAGCGCACCAGCCAGCUGAGGAGGCACAUGCAAAUGUCUAGCCAAGAAGCCCUCAACAAAGAGGAGGCCCCGCCAAUGAACCCCCUCAAUCCACUGAAUCCACUGAGUCCUCUCAACCCACUCAAUGCUCACCCCAGCCUCUAUCGGAGGCCCAGGCCCAUUGAGGGCCUAGCCCUGGGUCUGGGUCUUGAAAAGUGUGAAGAGGAGCGCAUCAGCCGCGGGGGUUCCCUCAAGGGGGACAUAGGGGGUCUGACCAGCGCCCUGGACAACCAGAGGAGCCCCUUGUCCUUGGGCAAACGGGAGCCACCGUGGCUGCCCAGAUCCUGUCAUGGAAACUGUGACCCAAGCCAGCAGGAGGCUGGGGGAGGAGAGACUGUGGUGACUUUUGAGGACCGGGCCAGGCACAGGCAGAGUCAGAGGCGAAGCAGGCAUCGCCGAGUCAGGACUGAGGGCAAGGAGUCUGCCUCUGCCUCCCGAAGCAGGUCUGCCAGCCAGGAGCGGAGUCUGGAUGAAGGGGUGUCCAUUGAGGGGGAGAAGGAACAUGAGCCUCAGAGCAGCCACAGGAGCAAGGAGCCAACCAUCCAUGAAGAGGAGAGAACCCAGGACUUAAGGAGGACCAACAGUCUGAUGGUACCCAGGGGCUCUGGACUGAUAGGAGCUCUUGAUGAGGCAGAAACACCUCUAGUCCAGCCCCAACCCGAGCUGGAAGUGGGAAAGGAUGCUGCUCUGACAGAGCAGGAGGCUGAAGGCAGCAGUGAGCAAGCCCUGCUUGGGGAUGUACAGCUGGAUGUGGGCCGGGGCAUUAGCCAGAGUGAACCCGACCUCUCAUGCAUGACAGCCAACAUGGACAAGGCUACCACUGAGAGCACCAGCGUCACGGUCGCCAUCCCUGAUGUGGACCCCUUGGUGGACUCGACAGUGGUGAACAUUAGCAACAAGACAGAUGGAGAAGCCAGUCCCUUGAAGGAGGCAGAGACUAAAGAGGAGGAGGAAGAGGUGGAGAAGAAGAAGCAGAAGAAGGAGAAGCGAGAAACUGGCAAAGCCAUGGUGCCCCAUAGCUCUAUGUUCAUCUUCAGCACCACUAACCCGAUCCGCAGGGCCUGCCACUACAUUGUGAACCUACGCUACUUUGAGAUGUGCAUUCUCUUGGUGAUUGCGGCCAGCAGCAUUGCCCUGGCAGCUGAGGACCCUGUACUAACUAACUCGGAGCGUAACAAAGUCCUGAGAUAUUUCGACUAUGUUUUCACAGGAGUGUUUACCUUUGAGAUGGUUAUAAAGAUGAUAGACCAAGGCUUGAUCCUGCAGGAUGGAUCGUACUUCCGAGACCUCUGGAACAUCCUGGACUUUGUGGUAGUGGUUGGUGCAUUGGUAGCAUUUGCUCUGGCGAACGCUUUGGGAACCAACAAGGGGCGCGAUAUCAAGACUAUCAAGUCUCUGAGGGUACUUCGAGUUCUGCGACCACUGAAAACCAUCAAGCGCUUGCCCAAGCUGAAGGCUGUGUUUGACUGCGUGGUGACCUCCUUGAAGAAUGUCUUCAACAUCCUCAUUGUCUACAAACUCUUCAUGUUCAUCUUUGCUGUCAUCGCUGUUCAGCUAUUCAAGGGAAAAUUCUUUUAUUGCACGGACAGUUCCAAGGACACAGAGAAGGAGUGCAUAGGCAACUAUGUAGACCACGAGAAAAAUAAGAUGGAGGUGAAGGGCCGGGAAUGGAAGCGUCAUGAAUUCCACUAUGACAACAUCAUCUGGGCCUUGCUGACCCUCUUCACUGUCUCCACAGGGGAAGGAUGGCCUCAGGUUCUACAGCACUCUGUAGAUGUGACAGAGGAGGACAGAGGCCCAAGUCGCAGCAACCGCAUGGAGAUGUCCAUCUUUUAUGUGGUCUACUUUGUGGUCUUCCCUUUCUUCUUUGUCAAUAUCUUCGUGGCUCUCAUUAUCAUCACCUUCCAGGAGCAAGGGGACAAGAUGAUGGAGGAGUGUAGCCUGGAAAAGAAUGAGCGGGCAUGCAUUGACUUCGCCAUUAGUGCCAAACCUCUCACCCGCUACAUGCCACAGAACAGGCACACCUUCCAGUACCGAGUGUGGCACUUUGUAGUCUCGCCAUCCUUUGAAUAUACCAUCAUGGCUAUGAUUGCCUUGAACACUGUCGUGCUGAUGAUGAAGUACUAUUCUGCUCCUUGCACCUAUGAGCUUGCCCUGAAGUACCUGAACAUUGCCUUCACCAUGGUGUUUUCCCUGGAAUGUGUCCUAAAGGUCAUCGCUUUCGGCUUCCUGAACUAUUUCCGAGAUACUUGGAACAUCUUCGACUUCAUCACCGUGAUCGGCAGUAUCACAGAAAUUAUCCUGACAGACAGCAAGCUGGUGAACACCAGUGGCUUCAACAUGAGCUUUCUAAAGCUCUUCCGAGCUGCACGACUCAUAAAGCUUCUGCGACAGGGCUACACCAUCCGCAUCUUACUGUGGACCUUUGUGCAGUCCUUUAAGGCUCUCCCCUAUGUCUGCCUUCUGAUUGCCAUGCUUUUCUUCAUCUAUGCUAUCAUUGGGAUGCAGGUGUUUGGAAACAUAAAGUUAGAUGAGGAGAGUCAUAUCAACCGGCACAACAACUUCCGGAGUUUCUUCGGGUCUCUCAUGCUGCUUUUCAGGAGUGCCACGGGGGAAGCUUGGCAGGAGAUUAUGCUGUCGUGUCUUGGUGAGAAGGGCUGUGAGCCCGACACCACCGCACCCUCGGGGCAGAACGAGAGUGAGCGCUGUGGCACUGACCUGGCCUAUGUUUAUUUUGUCUCCUUCAUCUUCUUCUGCUCCUUCCUGAUGCUCAACCUGUUUGUGGCUGUCAUUAUGGACAACUUUGAGUACCUGACUCGAGAUUCCUCCAUCCUGGGGCCUCACCACUUGGAUGAAUUUGUCCGUGUCUGGGCAGAAUAUGACCGAGCAGCAUGUGGCCGCAUCCAUUACACUGAGAUGUAUGAAAUGCUGACUCUCAUGUCACCACCGCUAGGCCUCGGCAAGAGAUGUCCCUCCAAAGUGGCCUAUAAGAGGUUGGUCCUGAUGAAUAUGCCAGUGGCUGAGGACAUGACAGUCCACUUCACCUCCACACUUAUGGCUUUGAUCCGGACAGCUCUGGACAUUAAAAUCGCCAAAGGUGGUGCAGACAGGCAGCAGCUAGACUCAGAGCUACAAAAGGAGACCCUGGCUAUUUGGCCUCACCUGUCCCAAAAGAUGUUGGAUCUGCUAGUGCCCAUGCCCAAAGCCUCUGACCUGACUGUGGGCAAGAUCUAUGCAGCAAUGAUGAUCAUGGACUACUAUAAACAGAGUAAGGUAAAGAAACAGAGACAGCAGCUGGAGGAACAGAAAAAUGCACCCAUGUUCCAGCGUAUGGAGCCCUCAUCACUGCCUCAGGAGAUCAUUGCUAAUGCCAAAGCCCUGCCUUAUCUCCAGCAGGACCCUGUUUCUGGCCUGAGUGGUCGGAGUGGAUACCCUUCAAUGAGUCCACUCUCCCCUCAAGAAAUAUUCCAGUUGGCUUGUAUGGACCCAGCAGAUGAUGGACAGUACCAGGAACAGCAAUCUCUGGUGGUAACAGACCCUAGCUCUAUGCGACGUUCCUUUUCUACAAUUCGGGAUAAGCGUUCAAAUUCCUCCUGGUUGGAGGAGUUCUCCAUGGAACGUAGCAGUGAAAACACCUACAAGUCACGGCGCAGAAGUUACCAUUCCUCCCUGAGGCUGUCAGCCCACCGCCUGAAUUCUGACUCUGGUCACAAGUCUGACACUCACCGCUCAGGAGGCAGGGAGAGAGGCCGAUCCAAAGAACGAAAGCACCUCCUCUCUCCUGAUGUCUCCCGCUGCAAUUCUGAGGAGCGAGGGACCCAGGCUGACUGGGAGUCCCCAGAGCGUCGCCAGUCCAGGUCGCCCAGUGAGGGAAGGUCACAGACCCCCAACAGACAGGGUACUGGUUCUCUGAGUGAGAGCUCAAUCCCCUCUAUCUCCGACACCAGCACCCCAAGAAGAAGUCGUCGCCAGCUCCCACCUGUGCCACCAAAGCCUCGGCCCCUCCUUUCCUACAGCUCCCUGAUGAGACACACUGGCGGCAUCUCUCCACCUCCUGAUGGAAGUGAGGGUGGAUCCCCACUGGCCUCUCAAGCUUUGGAGAGCAACAGCGCUUGCCUGACCGAGUCUUCCAACUCCUUGCAUCCCCAGCAGGGCCAGCACCCUUCCCCACAGCACUACAUCUCCGAGCCCUAUCUGGCCCUCCAUGAAGACUCCCACGCCUCAGACUGUGGCGAGGAGGAGACACUCACCUUUGAGGCAGCCGUAGCUACUAGCUUGGGCCGGUCCAAUACCAUUGGCUCUGCCCCACCCCUACGGCACAGCUGGCAGAUGCCUAAUGGGCACUAUCGGCGGCGGAGGCGUGGGGGGCCUGGGCCUGGCAUGAUGUGUGGAGCUGUCAGUGACCUCCUGAGUGACACGGAAGAAGACGAUAAGUGCUAGAGGCUGCCAUCCCCUCCGAUGCAUGCUCUUCUCUCACAGGGAGAAAACCAAGACCAAAUUGGGAAGCCAGUGCGGCCCGGGGGGGAGGAAGAGGGAGAAGGAAGAUGGAGAAAGGACGCCAUGCAUCCUCAGAGAAGAGGAAGUAAAAGACAGAUGGAAAACAGUCAAACCCACCAAUUUGCAUUAUUUCCCUUUGCAAGAUGGGCACUGCCAUAGUCCUGCCUCUUUGCUGGGGAAAGAAAAUACAGAAAUGUGGGGGUUUAUUCCCAUGAGAGAAGGGACACGAAGGUGACUUGGCUUCCGUUGCCCCUUCCCACUUUUCUAUAAGCUGUGGCAGGAUCUGGCUGACCUGUGUCUAAGCUCAUUGCCCUGAGCAGCUGGGAACACUUCCCAGCGUCUUAAUGAGGGAAAAGUGGAAAUGGCAGAAGAAUCUCCUCAGCAGCUCUUGUAUUUUGGCUACCCCCGGGGGCAACCGCAGCAGCAUCCCAUGCAUUAUCUUGGGGCUUGCUUUCCCCAAAGAGACACAUGCUAAGCCAGGAGCACUGGAUGCUGAUGGGAGAUGGGAGGGAGGGAGAAAAGGGCCGGAGUAGAAGGGCCCAAGGUGCUGUGGCAACAGCAGCAAGGGCUGGUCUGGGUGAGAAAAGCCAUAGCCCAGCAGCCUGUACCAUGAAAGUGAGGGUCAAAGAAACAGAACCGGAGGUGCUGGUGGGUACAGUCCUAGACUCUGACAUUUGUAACUCACACAGUAGGUGCUGUGGUAGGUAGGCUAGAUAAGGAGGUUCUCCAGGGCCCACAAAGGUGCCUGUAGCUCUGGUAAGGGGAAUAUUAACUCCAAUAGCCAGGGCUCCAACCCCAGAAGGGUUCAG